CAAACUUUUUCCUGUUAGAAUCAUCAUUCCAAAGCACAUAAAUGCGCACAAAUUUUUAUGUGUAUCCUUAAAUGUUUUGGCUUAAUUUUUAAAUUUACUUCCUGGGGAGAGAUUGCCACUAGUUAAAAAUAUUAUCAUCAACCCAAUAAAUGUUUAUUUAAUGGAGUAAUACUGAAAACAAGGUUGGAUCUGUGCCCUUAAGAAACUCACCUUCACCAGGGGAAAGACACAUGAACAAAUAAAGAGGAUUCCAAUAUAUUGUACAUGCACCAGUAUGCUUGUGACCUCAUUCUCUAUUUAGCAAGUGCAAUAAUGCUACAGAAAGACUGAUUGUUCCCCUUAUUCACUGGAAUUUAUUACCAGCAACCCAAAGUGAGAGCUUCUAAUUGACAUUUCAUUUGCAGAAAAUAUAAUUUGGACCCUUUGCUAGUAUAAUUUAAAGGGAUAUGUUUUCUCAAAACAAAUGUAUUAAGGUACACUGGAUGAUAGACUUUUAUGUUGCUAAAUACCAAAUUCAUAAUCCUACAAUAUAUUACUCAUUGCUAUUAAUUUUCACUCCAAAUUAAUUUGGGGCUUUCCAGUAUGUGUUUGACUGCAUCUGAUCUUGGUCCAUGUUCUGUGUUAAAACUGGAAGCUGAAACCCGUAUGUAAGAAAUACAUGAGUGCAUACAAGAAGCAAGCACUAAAUUAGAGAGCCCGUUACACAUCAUUUGUCUCGAAUAUCAGUACAUACACGACUGGUGUACGGGUGGAAAUCGUUUGGAUUAUCUACGGACUUGCACAUCCCAAUACAAUGCCUAACAUCACCAGCUUCACACUGGCGUUUGCACUCGUGCAGCAGCAACCUGAGUGAGCCUCCGUGGCUCGCUCCAUCCAUAACACUUGACAACAGGUCCUAGUAGGUACUAGAAGUCAUAACUGGCACUUCUUAUACUGUUUGAAGAAACUGGGCAGCAAGGCAAUUAAGAGUCAGCCUUGUACAGUCACUGGAAAGCCGAAGAACUGGGCGGCGAAUCCAGUUGAGGAAACGGGAGUGAAAACCCGGCGAGGUCCUGCGGCUCGGGGGCCAACAGGCCACAACCUGAGCGUAGGCGGAAUUCCGGCCCGGCGCGCUGACCCGAAGGCCCUGUUCUCCUUCGUCCAGCGAGCCGAAGGGAAACAACAGUCCUUUACCAACUCCACCGACGUCAGGAUGUCUUCCCGGUACCCGACACUCGAGUUUACAAACAGUGAAGUAAGGAGUCCAUCAGAAAAACGCGGGUUAAAAAUAUCCUGGCGGGCAGCGCUGGGAGGCGAAAGCCAGAAGCGAUGCCGUGACUGCGCUCCAGUAAGCCGAGCCCUCUCGUCUGCUGCCUCUCGCAGCCCUCCGCGCCGGCCGUGCCCUGGUCAGACCCCGGGAUCCAGCGCCGGGAUACCACAGAGCGCCAGCAGAGGGGUACUAUUACCCAGCGCACGCCUCGACCCCUGCGACCGCGGGUCGACCCCGGCCCGGAAGUGACGCAACCACGCCGAGCACUUCCGGAGCGGCGGAGACGGCUCCGCUGGAGGAAGCGACGCGGGCCUUGACCGGCGUCGGCUUGCCGCGUCCGCCGCCGCCGCCGCCGCCGCGCUUGUGUCCGAUCCCUCUGGCCCCGCCCAACCCGGUCUGGCCCGUCCGGGCUCAGCGGCCGCGGGGUCGCGCCUUCCGAUGGAAAUUAUAUGACAGACUAUUUGGGUGACAUCUUCCUGAAAGAUCUUCAAGAAUUGCAGAAGACAAAAACACUAAUGCAUUUGAGAAAGUGGUAAAGUGUGGGGGGAGGGGAAAAACCCUGCUUUCCUGAUCUGCAACUUGGCUGGAUGCUAAGAUGUCCGUGGACAUGAAUAGCCAGGGGUCUGACAGCAAUGAGGAGGAUUACGACCCCAAUUGUGAGGAAGAGGAGGAGGACGAGGACCCUGGUGACAUCGAAGACUAUUACGUGGGAGUGGCCAGCGAUGUGGAGCAGCAGGGCGCCGAUGCUUUUGAUCCUGAGGAGUACCAGUUCACCUGCCUGACCUACAAGGAGUCCGAGGGUGCCCUCAAUGACCACAUGACCAGCUUAGCCUCGGUCCUAAAGGCCGUUGAUGCUCACUGCCAUCAGCUGCACCCUCCUGUGGCACCGGUAUCUCAUUCAGUUGCUAAACUUAUAUUAGUUAAUUUCCACUGGCAAGUUGCAGAAAUAUUGGACAGAUACAAGUCUAAUUCUGCUCAGCUGCUCGUUGAGGCUCGAGUUCAGCCCAAUCCAUCAAAACACGUCACCACAGCCCAUCCCCCUCACCAUUGUGCAGUGUGUAUGCAGUUUGUGCGGAAGGAAAACCUACUCUCUCUGGCCUGUCAACACCAGUUUUGCCGCAGCUGCUGGGAGCAACACUGUGCAGUACUUGUCAAAGAUGGCGUGGGUGUGGGAGUCUCUUGCAUGGCUCAGGACUGCCUGCUCCGAACACCGGAAGAUUUUGUGUUUCCAUUGUUGCCCAACGAAGAACUGAGAGACAAAUACAGGCGCUACCUCUUCAGGGACUAUGUGGAGAGUCAUUACCAGCUCCAGCUGUGCCCUGGUGCAGACUGCCCCAUGGUUAUCCAGGUACAGGAGCCCAGAGCUCGCCGAGUACAGUGCAAUCGGUGCAACGAGGUCUUCUGUUUCAAGUGUCGUCAGAUGUAUCACGCCCCCACAGACUGCGCCACAAUCCGGAAAUGGCUCACGAAGUGUGCAGACGACUCUGAAACAGCCAACUACAUUAGUGCUCACACUAAAGACUGUCCCAAGUGCAACAUCUGCAUUGAGAAGAACGGAGGCUGCAAUCACAUGCAAUGCUCCAAGUGUAAACACGACUUCUGCUGGAUGUGUCUAGGAGAUUGGAAGACCCACGGCAGUGAGUACUAUGAGUGCAGUCGGUACAAGGAGAACCCCGACAUUGUCAACCAGAGCCAGCAAGCCCAAGCCAGGGAGGCCCUCAAGAAGUACUUGUUCUACUUUGAGCGGUGGGAAAACCACAACAAGAGCUUGCAGCUGGAGGCACAGACAUACCAGCGGAUUCAUGAGAAGAUUCAGGAGAGGGUCAUGAAUAAUCUGGGGACGUGGAUCGACUGGCAGUACCUACAGAACGCUGCCAAGCUCUUGGCCAAGUGUCGAUAUACCCUGCAAUACACCUACCCGUACGCAUACUACAUGGAGUCUGGACCCAGGAAGAAGCUGUUUGAAUACCAGCAGGCUCAGCUGGAGGCUGAGAUCGAAAACCUGUCAUGGAAAGUGGAGCGUGCGGACAGCUAUGACAGAGGGGACUUAGAAAACCAGAUGCACAUAGCAGAGCAGCGGAGGCGAACCCUGCUGAAGGAUUUCCACGACACCUAGGCUGGGGCAUGGACGUGCGGGAGUGAGGAAGACGUGGCUACGAGCUCUCCCAGCUGCCAUGCUGCAUGCUGAAGGCUCUGCAUUUCACGACAUCAGGCAACAGCCAGGGCCCCACUCCUGAGAGACACUGGCCACACACACCUCCUAGUCGAUUUCUGUUUCCUUCUCAUCUUUUCGCUUUUUGUUUCUACUAUGGAAGCGGCCAUGUUGAGUUGGCCUCUUUUCAGGACUUUUAAUUCCCCCUGGAUGGUUGUUGGGAGGGAGGGAAGUUUUUUCUGAAUGACUGUUAAUAGUAUUAGAUCAAUACAACUUAUGUAAUUUUCAAAGGUUGUACAAUUAUACCAAAAAAAGUCAACGCAACCAUAGAAUUACACAAAACCCUUUUAAAAAAUAAAUUGGCAUUGGAGUGUUUUA